AUGGCAUACUUAGAUGAGCAUGAAGAGAUGAUGAAGCGAGAACAUCCAUCACAUUUGUAUGCCAAGAAACACCGUGAUUUGUUUCCACAAUGGUUUUGGAAUAUUGAAGAGUUAUAUAACUUGGCGUUCGGCCCGAUUCGCGCUGAAUUAUUCUCGGGUUGCCAUGUUAAUGACGUCAAGUUUUUGGGGACUGCACGAGAUGACAAGUUGUGUACGCAAAACAGCAGUCUCCGUGUCCCAGGUGGAGGCGAAAGUACGGACAUUGAUUUCUAUGGCAAACUCACAACUGUCAUGCAAUUGCUUUACAAAGACCGAUACCAAGUGAUCAUGUUUAAGUGUCGAUGGUUUGAUACAAACCCAAAUAGGCAUGGAAGUGUUAAAAUAGACCAUGACUUACUAUCAGCGAACAUUAACAGAACUUGGUAUGAUAACGACCCUUACAUUUUGGCAAACAUGGCAAGACAGAUUGUGUAUCUAGAUGACCCUAAAGCCGGAAGUAGUUACAUCACUGACCAACGGUUGGAAUUUUCCAUGGAAAAUGAUGCAGAAACACUUCGAGAUACAAAUGUUAUACAAGAACCGUUUCAGCUUCAAGGAGUGUCUUCAAUCGAAAUACCGAUUCAGUCAAUUACAAUUGACCUCGGUGAUCUUCCUUGA